AUGUACUCAGCAAACCGAUCGCACCGAGCAGAAACAAGAAACCGUUCGAAAGACGAGCUCCGAAAGGUGAUUAACUCGUUGGAGAAAGUCCGCAAGUGGGAGAAGAAGCUCGUUCUUAUCAAAGAUACUAAUAUUCGUAUAUACAAAUGGGUGCCAGUAAGUGCUCAAAACAUAAUGGCUCCACCUAAACCACAGCUCAAAGAAAUCGAUGAGGAGAGCAAUCAAAUUCCAUCUGCCGAAAACUCCCAGGAUUCUACCAGCGUGACCCAGCCUGCAGUGAACUUCGACAUCAACGAAGACUCCAAUUUCUCUACUGGUGACAAUUUCGACAGCGACUCGAAUCAAACAUUUGAACCACAAAACUAUCAAGGUGGACCGACUGGAUCCACUGAUUUCAGCUCAAUGCGAGACGCUGAGAUGACACCAAAACAACCUUAA